GCGCUCGGGGCGCGCGCGCUGGGCAGCCGGCGCCCCAACUCCGCCCGCCCCGCGCCCCGGCGCCUCGCCGCCCGCCGCCCGCCCGCCCCGGGGCCGCCGGCCGGCGCCCCGGCGCCCCGGGCCGGCGAGGGGCGCGCCCGUGGCCGCGGCCGCUGCAUGGCGCUGAGAUGGCGGGGGCGCCGCGCGGCCAAGGCGGCGGCGGAGGCGCGGGCGAGCCCGGGGGCGCAGAGCGGGCGGCCGGGCCGGGCGGCCGGCGUGGGUUCCGGGCGUGUGGCGAGGAGUUCGCGUGCCCCGAGCUGGAGGCGCUGUUCCGCGGCUACACGUUGCGGCUGGAGCAGGCGGCCACGCUGAAAGCGCUGGCUGUGCUCAGCCUACUGGCGGGCGCCCUGGCGCUGGCUGAGCUGCUGGGCGCACCGGGGCCAGCGCCGGGCCUCGCCAAGGGGUCGCACCCAGUGCACUGCAUCCUUUUCCUGGCGCUGUUCGUGGUCACCAAUGUCCGAUCCCUGCAGGUGUCCCAGCUGCAGCAGGUCGGUCAGCUGGCGCUGUUCUUCAGCCUCACCUUCGCGCUACUCUGCUGCCCCUUCGCGCUGGGCGGCCCCGCGAGGAGCUCUGCAGGAGGCGCAAUGGGCUCGACGGUCGCCGAGCAGGGGGUUUGGCAACUCCUUUUGGUCACCUUCGUGUCCUAUGCCUUGCUGCCCGUGCGCAGCCUACUGGCCAUCGGCUUCGGGCUGGUGGUGGCUGCCUCGCACUUACUGGUCACAGCCGCCUUGGUCCCUGCCAAGCGCCCACGUCUCUGGAGGACGCUCGGUGCCAAUGCCCUGCUCUUCUUUGGUGUGAACAUGUAUGGCGUCUUCGUGCGGAUCUUGACAGAGCGCUCCCAGAGGAAGGCCUUCCUGCAGGCUCGAAACUGCAUUGAGGACCGGCUGCGGCUGGAGGAUGAGAAUGAGAAGCAGGAACGGUUGCUCAUGAGCCUCUUGCCCCGGAAUGUCGCCAUGGAGAUGAAGGAAGACUUCCUGAAGCCCCCUGAGAGGAUUUUUCACAAGAUUUACAUCCAGAGGCAUGACAAUGUGAGCAUCCUGUUUGCAGACAUCGUGGGUUUCACAGGUCUGGCGUCCCAGUGCACAGCCCAGGAGCUGGUGAAACUGCUCAAUGAACUCUUUGGCAAGUUCGAUGAGUUAGCCACGGAAAACCACUGUCGCCGAAUCAAGAUCCUUGGUGACUGCUACUACUGUGUGUCUGGCCUCACCCAGCCUAAGACGGAUCACGCCCACUGCUGUGUGGAGAUGGGACUUGACAUGAUCGAUACCAUCACAUCCGUGGCUGAGGCUACUGAAGUAGACCUGAACAUGCGUGUGGGCCUACACACCGGCAGGGUCCUCUGUGGUGUCCUGGGCCUACGAAAGUGGCAGUAUGAUGUAUGGUCCAAUGACGUGACCCUGGCCAAUGUCAUGGAGGCUGCUGGCUUACCAGGGAAGGUCCACAUCACAAAGACGACCCUCGCGUGCUUGAACGGGGACUACGAGGUGGAGCCAGGUCAUGGCCAUGAGAGGAACACCUUUCUGAGAACUCACAACAUUGAGACCUUCUUUAUUGUGCCAUCCCAUCGGAGGAAGAUAUUCCCAGGCUUGAUUCUCUCGGAUAUCAAACCAGCCAAGAGGAUGAAGUUCAAGACUGUGUGCUAUCUGCUGGUGCAGCUCAUGCACUGCCGGAAAAUGUUCAAGGCUGAGAUCCCCUUCUCCAACGUGAUGACCUGCGAGGAUGACGACAAGCGGAGGGCAUUGAGAACAGCCUCGGAGAAGCUCAGAAACCGUUCGUCUUUCUCUACUAAUGUGGUCUACACCACUCCGGGUACACGCGUCAACAGGUACAUCAGCCGCCUUCUCGAAGCCCGCCAGACAGAGCUGGAGAUGGCCGAUCUGAACUUCUUUACUCUGAAGUACAAACAUGUCGAACGAGAACAAAAAUACCACCAGCUUCAGGACGAGUACUUCACCAGCGCCGUUGUCCUCGCCCUCAUCCUGGCUGCCUUAUUUGGGCUUAUCUACCUUCUGGUAAUCCCACAGAGUGUGGCUGUCCUGCUGCUGCUGGUAUUUUCCAUCUGCUUCUUGGUGGCCUGUACCCUGUACCUGCACAUCACGCGGGUCCAGUGUUUUCCAGGGUGCCUGACGAUCCAGAUCCGCACCGCCUUGUGUGUGUUCAUAGUGGUCUUAAUCUACUCGGUAGCUCAAGGCUGUGUGGUGGGCUGCCUGCCCUGGGCCUGGAGCUCUCAGUCUAACAGUUCCCUAGUGGUCCUCGCAGCUGGUGGCCGGCGCACUGUGCUGCCUGCCCUGCCCUGUGAGUCUGCACACCAUGCCCUGCUCUGCUGCCUGGUGGGCACCCUCCCACUAGCCAUAUUCCUGCGGGUGUCCUCCUUGCCAAAGAUGAUCCUGCUGUCUGGGCUGACUACUUCCUACAUCCUUGUCCUGGAGCUCAGUGGAUACACCAAGGUUGGGGGCGGUGCCCUCUCUGGGCGCAGCUAUGAGCCAAUCAUGGCUAUCCUGCUGUUCUCAUGCACGCUGGCCCUGCACGCCAGGCAAGUGGAUGUCAGACUACGGCUGGACUACCUCUGGGCAGCACAGGCGGAGGAGGAACGGGAUGACAUGGAGAGAGUCAAGCUGGACAACAAGAGGAUCCUCUUCAAUCUCCUGCCAGCUCACGUCGCACAGCACUUCCUCAUGUCCAAUCCCCGGAACAUGGACCUCUACUACCAGUCCUACUCCCAGGUGGGCGUCAUGUUUGCCUCCAUCCCCAACUUCAAUGACUUCUACAUAGAACUGGAUGGCAACAACAUGGGUGUUGAGUGUCUGCGGCUCCUCAACGAGAUCAUUGCCGACUUUGAUGAGCUCAUGGACAAGGACUUCUAUAAGGACCUGGAGAAGAUUAAGACCAUUGGGAGCACUUACAUGGCUGCCGUGGGGCUGGCGCCCACAGCAGGAACCAGGGCUAAGAAGUCCAUCUCCUCCCACCUAUGCACACUGGCAGACUUCGCCAUCGACAUGUUUGAUGUUCUGGAUGAAAUCAACUACCAGUCCUACAACGACUUUGUUCUCCGAGUUGGCAUCAACGUUGGCCCCGUGGUUGCUGGAGUGAUCGGUGCUCGCAGGCCCCAGUACGACAUCUGGGGAAACACAGUCAAUGUGGCCAGUCGGAUGGAUAGCACUGGGGUCCAGGGACGAAUUCAGGUGACUGAGGAAGUCCACCGGCUGCUGAAGAGGUGCUCAUACCAGUUUGUGUGCAGAGGCAAAGUCAGCGUGAAGGGCAAGGGAGAGAUGCUAACGUACUUUCUAGAAGGCAGGACUGAUGGAAACAGUUCCCACGGCAGGACCUUUCGCUUGGAACGAAGGAUGUGUCCUUAUGGGAGAGGCGGAGGCCAGGCCAGACGGCCCCCACUGUGUCCCGCGGCUGGACCCCCAGUCAGACCAGGGCUCCCUCCAGCCCCCACUAGCCAGUACCUGUCAUCCACAGCAGCAGGGAAGGAAGCCUAGUGGAGCCCAUGGGCCACUGGAGAUGCAUGCAAGGCAAGAAUGCUCCAGGGUGUCACAAGCCACCAUGGCUCUAGCCAGGACCAGACAGAGGAGCCAAGUGGCUGGGCUGGAGGAGAAGCAUUGUCUGAGUGUGGCCUGAGGCCAAUGGGAAAUGUGCCCAAGCCACCCCUUGGGGCACACUGAGCUCUGUCUCUUCCUAAUGACCUGGUUAUGCCUGGCUAGUGUUGCCAUAGGUGGCGGGACCUUGGGAGUAUCUUCCAUGGUCACAGCAAAAGCUAUGGAGGUCAAGCUGGCAGAGGAGCCCACCAUGACUGAGCCCCAAGUCAACUGGCUUAUGGGUGGCUCCAGCCCUGGUAAGCCCUGGCUUAUGGGUGGCUCUAGCCCUGGUAGGUCCUGGCUUAUGGGUGGCUCCAGCCCUGGUAAGCCCUGGCUUAUGGAUGGCUCUAGCCCUGGUAGGUCCUGGCUUAUGGGUAACUCCAAGCCUGGGUAGCAGUUUCAAGUAUGAGUGCCAGACUGGGAAGUUGGCCCCGCUGGGCAGGGCCAUGACAGUUGAGCUGUUCAUACCAUGGGCACAGCAAAGAGCUGGUCAGGUCUUGGUCAGGGCAGUAUGGGAAGAAUUGAAAAGACACCUCUUACUGCAUGAAGAGCGGGGUUGCUGGCUUUCCCCAAGAGUAGGCUCUUGCUAACAGCCAGAGGCAGGUCUUCUGGAAUUCUCGGGAGGCCCUACAGCCCCACUUCUGAUCUCCUGGCCCGUACAUUCUCUUCCAACCCCUCCUGGCUGCUGGCUUCUGACUGCUGCGACAGUGGGCCCUCCUCUUCCUGUGCCAUGGCUGCACAUUCAGAGAGGAGGGGUGUGUGCUGUCUUCUCUGUGGUGUCUUGGACGCUGUAAGUCUAACAAGAAUCAAGCCUUCGUUUAUGCUAAGAGCGAUUGACCCACUAUACCCACGAGUGCUCUCCUUGCUGGAAGACAUCCUCUCCUUGGCCUAACCAGCUCUCCUCUUGGUGGUUUCAGAGUCGGCACAGUGUGCAUUCCUGAGUCUAGGUGUGGUGUCCCUGCUCCAGGGUGAUGGGAAAGAGUGGCCCUGUUGACUGACACCUGGGACCUCCCACCUGUGUGUCCCAGUAACUGCAACUGUGAGGAAAUCCCGUUAGGGUACAGGAUUCUGGAGGAGUUGGUAGGAAGCAACUGGCUGGAAAUAGCGGGAUGAAGCCUGGCUUUUGAAGAUACUCAGUUUCAAUACAGGAAGGGAGGCAGCUUGAAGCAGGGCAGGUGGGCAUAAGCCCUGCCUGAUCUUGUCUGUGGAGGCCCAUUUCCUCACGGCUCCCCAAGAGCUUGCCCCCUUCCAAGGGUCCUAUCUUCUUAGAAUAGGGCAGAGCAAAGCCUAGUUUUCCCCGGCAGGGUGCAUAUGUGGUGUUCUGGAUUCAGCUCUGGUUCAAGUGUGUGGCUUUGUUGGUGCCUGGGUAAUUUUCCAGGUCAGCCAGCGCCCGUUCCUGGGACACUCAGCUGAGUCUAGACUCAGGUUACCUGUGGGUAGGAAGAAAACUUUCAGCAAGGGAGAGCUGGAGGCUGCAUGCCAAGUCUCCAAGUCUUUGAGGCUGCACCUCAGGUGCCCUAGGGCCGGGUGGGGCAGCUGUGAAGAUUGCACAUUCUCUGUGGCCAGGGAUGGAGCUUGUGGGUGGUGGUAAGGGUAUCAUCUAGCACCUUCUGCAGAGGAACUCUGACCCAUGCCCACCCUGCUUUGUUGCCUUUCUGAUGAUAUCAGGUAGCACGGCCUGGGCAUUGUCGGCUGCCUUUCUGUCAGCCCACUGUGGCUAGAACCCAGAGCCAGGGCCAGACUGACUUCAGCACUCCACUGCAGCCUUCAGGGUUGGAGAGCAGGUAGCUUCAUCGUCCUCCGGUGGUCAUGUCUGGUUCCUGAGGCGUGGUAUUUUGUUGUAACAGUGUUGGGGGAGAAUGCUGGCUCCCAGAGAGUUGAGGGCAGCAGGACAGGCUUUUGGUUUCUCCCAUGGCCCUGAAGACCAUCUUAAGAUUGCACUUAUAAGAAAGAUUCAGGUUGUUGGGGCGCUCUGAGAAGGGGCAGAUUCCUCUGAGCCAGAACCUAGGUAGGCAUGCGAGCACUCUUUCUUUGUGGCUCCUGCCUCCUGCCCGUCCCCAGGUGUUCCUAUCCUUGGGACAAAUGGCUUUUCCUCAUGGGGCUCUUUUGCACUAGGAAUUUCUCACCUCGUCUGUCUGUCUUGCAGUCAGCUCAGCCAGGAGCACCCAGAGCAAGUGAGUAUAUGGUGACUUUGGCUGAGGGCUGUGGCACUGUCCCUGGCCUUCCAGGCCACUGAGGAGGGUAGAGAACCUCUCACACAGCCUGGAGUUCCUCAGAGUGGCUUCUAGGCACCCAGAACUAGUGCCUCUCUGGCUGAUCAGAUGAGGGACAGAAGAGUGGUUCUCAAAGAUGCCCACAUGACAGCCCCAGGUCCUGUGUGUCCUUUGCCACAGUGGAGGACCUUGACAAGGGGACUUAGGGUAGGUAGGCCUGAAGGAUUGAGAAAGGAUUGAGAAAGUCUACACCAAUGGGUUUAGUGUGGACACAGGGCCCCUCAGAAGUGGACAGAAAGAUGCCCAGGACUGAGUCUCUGUUGCUGACCUGAAGAUGAGGACAUGAAAUACAUUGAAGAGACUUAGGAGGACAGCACAGCUCCAGCCAGCAAAGAAGCCAGGAUGUCACGCACGCCCAUAACCACAAGGAGCUGAAACUGGCCAAAGCCUGAGUAUACAGCAGGCAGACCAUCAGAGCCAUGAGGGAGGAGGCCAGCCAGUGGCCCCUGGAUCUGACCUAUAUGACGCUGAGCAGAGCCAGCCUAGGUCGAUAACACUGCAAUCACGCAUGCGUGUGUCAAACCGAGGCCACAUGGGUGCAUGGGCAGAGCCACCCAAGGUGUGGUCAGAGUGAGAGAAAGCAACCUUUAGGAUGACACUGCCUUCUCUGGGCACAGGACUGUUCUGAAGCAGACCACACAGGAGCCUUGGCUGGGUCUCUUCUUCAGGGGCGACAUCUCCAUCAUCAGCAAUUCCAAACCCGCCUACUUCCUGUGAGGUCAGGAACCACACGUGCAGCCAUAAUGUACCUUGGGGUUUGGUGAUAAACAACCUUCUUUUUACUUGUGAUAAAAAUGUAUUAUAUUGCCUUAUUUAUUUUUAAUCUUGUACAAUAUUCAUGUACAAAUGUUAGAGCCAUUUAGGUAGGAUUCUCUCCAAAUUAUUUAUUUUAAGAUGCUCUGUAAAUAGUGCACCAGUUACAGGUGCUUGAUCACUUGUACCAAAAAUGAGGAAAAGCCUGGUACCCACUUCAGCCCCUCUUGUAAUGCCGUGGCCCUUGGGAAAUGACCCUGUUGUGUUCCCUUCCCGCCCCUAGCAUGCCUCCCGUGCCUGACACCAUAGAAUAGAACACAGCCCCAGAAUGCUUCCAAAUGCUUCCAUGGGCUGUGCCAUCCUGGGACAGUCCACUCCUGGGGUGUCCAUACCUACAGGUGUAUGUCCCCCCCACACACAGCAAUCCAGUUGUUUCUCAGACUCCAAAGCCACCAGGGCUUCCGGACCCCUUCUGUCAUAGAAGCAAUAACCAUAACCUAAUACUGUAGAGACAAGUCUGGCCCAAGCAGAUUGCUAUUCCAGAAACUACCUGUGCAUGUGAGAUUGCUAUAAAGGACUGACAUCCAAGUCCCCCAUCCCUCCCAGAAGGCCUAGCUCUAGCUUCUUGGUUCCUACAGCCAGGAUUGGUACACACACACCCCGCCCUCCAAGAUAUAGCUGAGCGGACUGAGCCAGCCACCAGUCCUGGGCCCCACUAUUGUCACUAAGGAAUAAAGGUGAGGGCAGCCUUCCGAUCCUUAUAUCUAUACCUAUCCUUGAAUCGUGAUGUUUUAUGUGACUGAGGGUCGUGAUGGUUUGUUUCAGUGUUGCAACAUUGAAAGGUACUUGUGGCAUAUUCCAGGUGGCACAUCUGGUGGGAAAAGGGCACCCCCGAGGGUAUAUCAGGAAAGAGCUAGAAAGGGCUGACUGAGGAUUCAGGCUGUGGGCUUGGCUGGCAGAUAUGAGCGGCUUCCAGAGAGCUCACAUUGUAUUUACACGUGAGCUGAAGGACUCUUGUACCACUGUGCUAACAGCAACCCGCUGAGACUGUGCAAAUGACUUGCUUUAACGGGGUGAGUAAGAGGGAAACAGUUUGGACUGUGGAAUAGGGGAAGAGUUCACUCAAGUCUCCCAGCCACCCUCAGCAGGUAAGUUCUAGGACUCUCCAAGUCCCAGGGAUCUUUUACAGCCUGUGCAGAACUUCUGUCAGUGGACGUUUGGAGGCAUGGUUGUAUAGAGCAAGCAUCUACCCUUCACGUAAUAGUGGCAGGGAAAGAACACUGCUACAUACACUGCACACCCGUCAGCACCAUGCUGCAGAAGGGAUGCUGAUAUUUUACAUUCUUACAUGGCUGUACAUAUGUAGCCACCAGAAACUGACUUGCUCGUGCUUUUUAAUGGCUUCAACUUGCAAAGGGUGUGCUUGGCUUGAUAAAAUUAAUAAAGAGCAAGGAUGGCAGCUUGGAUAUUAUGUGGGUCUUUGAAGCAUCUUGCUUCUCUAGCUGUGAUUGGCUUUGAAUGUUUCUAUAGCAGGCUUGAACCAAUAGCUCAUUUCUAUUUACAACUAUAGGCUUGGCAGGAGGUUGAUGGUUAAAAGUGUGUAUGCAUAUGCACUUGCACACAUACACAUGUACACACACACAAUUUUCAUAGGGAAUAUGAGAGUUGGUUUGUAAUCCUGACCCCUUAGGCUGGGGGUUAGAGGAGCUGCUUGGAGAUGUCCUUGGACUCAGAGUUCAGAAGGCAAAAUUGAGCCUCCCUCAGCUGGCCUGGGGAAAGAACCUCUCAGGCGAAAGAGGUCUCAAUCCAGGAACUGAGGCACCUAGAUAACUAUCUUAUACAUAAAUCAUUCCGAGCUCUUUGACACCAGAGAGAAAACGUGUUGAUAUGUUCACAGCAGACACGAUGAAUGUGGUUGAAAUGGAUGCUGUUUGACCCAAAGCAACUCCUGUACCUACAUAGUCAACCAGUGCCACAUGGACCAAGACCAAUGUGGAUCCAGAGGCACAGACCUAGAGCCAGGAGCCUUCCUAGGGGACGGCAGAAGGUGUGUGGCCUGGCCAGAGGAUUCACUCCUGAAGUGUAGGGUGGGCACAGUACGGAAGGGCAAGGGCAUAUUCAGGAAGGCUCCUGCUGCUCACUGGUAGGAGAAUUCUGGAGAGUGUCAUCUCACAUAUAGAGUUGGAUGACCUGGGGUGGCCUGGUCCUGAUGCUGGCUGAUGACUGCUGCACGAGGGGUUCUUCCUAGCUAGAGGCCAUCUGUGAUGCUCUGUGGGCUGGAGGCAAGGAGGAUGUGGUAGGUUCUAGUGGCUGUUACACAAGGUCUGGCACACCGUGAGCACAACUUCACACAGACACACUGAGUCAUGCAAGGCAGGUGUCGACACCCUGCAGAGUCUGCCUCACCUCCAAGAAUUCAGAGGGCACUUUUGGAUGGAUAUGGGAACCCUUGUUUAUUCCUUGUGAGCACAGGUCCAAUAAUAGGAGAUGAGAUCUGUCACUCUGUGGUUCAUUCCAUAAAUGCUUCAGAUCCAACUUCAAGUGCCACAUUCUGUCACUAAACAAUUAUCCAAUCAACACAUCAUUAUCUAAUGACUAAGACAUUUGGGUUUUUAAGGUUUCUGACCAGUUUAAUCCAUUCUGUUCCACACAUACCAGAUCUGUUCAGUAGCUUAUAAAACAAAAAUUACUCCACUAGAGGCUGUGCUUAAUUCAAAUCAAUGUGUGUUCCUGCGCAUGUGUGUGUGCAUGUGGGUAGACAUGUGCAUGCAUGUCUAAUAAGACAUAAAAUUAUUCUCCCUGGGGUUAAGAUUACUCACUGAAGAAAAAUAAAUACAUUUGAAUAUAGUGAGCUGUCACUUGGGACACUUGAUAUCCUAUAAGCUGAGGCAGCACACACCAUCCCCUUCCCUCGCUCCAGGGAGGGAGGGGGAUGGGCACAUCCCUGAGCCACUCAGCCUACUACUAAGUCUCUUUUGCAAAAAGACCGAUAUAAUAGCAUCAUUCUGGUCUGGGUGCAUAAAGAGACCCUGUUGCUCCUGUCUCUCUUGUCUUGUUGGACUGAGAGUUUGGGUGUAUGUUGACUAUUGUGCAGAGUAGGUGGUAACUCCACAUGCCGGGUGGGUGUCCAUCCAAACUCUGAGGAGGGAACAAAAUGACAUCAACCUCAGGUACAUGAGCCCUUCCCUGCCCUCCAUGUUCUAGGAGCUGACGUGGAGGCCACACCUUUCAUCUGGCGUGUCAGCUGUUGCCUGUCUGGGUUAUCCAGUGGGAAGAACAAGGCUCAGGAGGCUAUCUUGGGUUGUGUUUCCUAAGUAGCUGGAAAAAGAAAGUCUUAAAAUUCAGAAAAUUAACCACCAUCAUGCCACAUCCUCGGUCCUGCCAAGUGCUGGUCAUUUAAAAUUCUAACGAAUUUUCUUCAGCAUGUUGCUAGGCCUGCUCAGUCCACACUCACACAAGGAAGGUCAAUCAUUACCGCCCCAUUAGCAAACACCUUUAGGGGCCUUUGGUAUGGGGGUAAAUUGAUCAAACAUUCAUUCCUAGUACUUCCAUUUAGUUUUGCAAUUCCAGGGCCCCUUCUGUGGGCUCCUUGUUCAUGGGAAGGAAGUGGUUUGCUAAUACUCAAUACACAUUGUCCUGAGAAUGUGAGGCAGAGAGGGAGGGGCCAGACCUCAACUGCUCAUCUGAUCAGGCCAAGCUGCGCGUUUUCUGUUGCAGUUAAGGUCUCUGCUAAGCCAGGUGAAAUCUGUAAGAACUAGGCUGCUGUUGAUGCUAUCGUCUAUACAACAGUGCUUACCCAGUGUGGUGCAGGGCACCUCAUGGACGCGGGUCUCUUGUGGGCAAGAGUUGCUUGAAGCCCACAUUUGGAGCAUGUGGCCAAGUGCUGUUUGGUUCUGUAUUUCUUGGCUUCUUGUUGCUAAAUUGGAGCCGUUUGAUUCUUUUCCGAUCAGCUGCAUUCCUCCAAGGUUAGAGACACCAUUCCGAGCAAGAAAUUAGAACCCCGGCUUCAGCCUUAUAGUGCCCUUGAUAGUCUCAAAGGUUUUGAAAUACAAACUGACAUUGUGUCUAGUGGCAUCUUCUUAAAUCAAUUUUUUUCUGAAAGGCCUGACAUCGAAUAGGGACAGAGCUAUGACAUUCCUGUAGAGCCCAAGCCACACUGCCCAGCCAGCCUGGCUCCAGUUACAGCUCUUACAUUCAAUGCUCUCAUGCUUCCAGCAGGCAGGCACAGCAAUGAGGGUGCCUUCCCAGGGACUUCCCUGGGGGGUUAGAGAGAGUUCUCCAGGAGUGCAUAGAAAGCAAGGAAGGGGCAAUGGUGCAUGGCAGAAAGCAUGGCUGCCUCUCCCAUGUUACAGGAGCCCCAUACGCUUUCCAGGCACUGGUUCCUGCCGAUGCCAGACUACAUCCACUUCAGAUGUAUUGGUUUCCAAACAUUUCCAGCCAUUUGCUGAGAAUUAGCAUUUCAACGGACAUGCUAUCUGAGACUGACUCCAGAAAUCUCUUAGACUUCAUAAACUUGUAGGAUUGCCUGCAAGAACAUUUGCAGGCCACUUAGAUCUGUCUGGGGUGGUCCCCCCUGCUCCAUGGCACAGCAUUGGGAAGUGGGCCUGACAGCAGCCAGAAACUUGUUUCUCACCUCCCACCAGCAACCUCCACUCAGCCCCAGACCCCAGGCACAUGAAGCACAAGUCUCAGGGGACCGUUCCCAUGCUGUGGGGAGCCCAAGGAAGCCCCCAGCAUCUCUUGCAUACACCACUGGCAGUGUGGGCACAACUGGCCACCAGGAGCACACAUGCCUGGGGAAGAGGGGCCUGCUCUGUUGCCUUCAUCCCUGUUAAAAUUGAGUAUAUGCAAGCCAUUUGCACUACGGAAUUGCAUGCCUUGAAAUUCCUUACUGUGUGCACCUUAGUUUGAAUUUGACGUUAUGUAGCAUGCACAAAAGAAUGGAUGGGCUUGGGCUUGUUCCCAAGUCACCUCUACCGCUCAUUGGGAGCACAGUGCUGCCCUCAGCCAAUCCCAGGUUCCGUGGAGCCCGUGUGGCUCCAGCACUUACUGUGCAGUGGCUCCCUUUCCCACCGUGCUCCCUUUCCCACCGUGCCCACUUAAGCUGAUGGCUCACUAAUUUGCACAAAUGGAAUUGUUAUGAUCACGUCUUAGCAGUAUCUUGAUUUAAAGUAAGCCCAAAGCCCACUUCUGGAGUUCCUUACUUAAAAAAAAAAAAAAGAAAAGAAAAAAAAAAGGCAUGUGUAAGCACCUGUGUCCUGUGUUUAUCAAGAAAGCUUUGAGUCCCUUAGUGGGAUAGAGGGUGCAUGGACAAAGGGGGCAUUUUAUCCCACACGAUACACUUACCAGAUGUGUCUGUAGCUAUGAGAACUCGAUGAUUAUAUUCACAAUAACUCAAUAUCACUGGGUAACCUCUCACAAUAGAUUUGUAUAAUCAAUACGGGUCUAUUUUUAUGUCAACUCUGUAGAGCACCUUCCAGUCUUUUUCAAGAUUGUUAAAUCGAGAUGAGUAAUUGAAUAAUUUGUCCUAUUUUUAUUUAAAAAGUGAAUGAACUGAAAUGUUAAUGUGAAUGUACAUUUCUUAACUGCAACUUUUCUACUGAGUGUUUGCACUAUACUCUCUGGGGUCUUAUUUAACAAAAAUAAAGGAGAAAAAUUGCUUGACUAAA